UGAGCUGGUAGAUCGAGCACAGACUCGCCUCAACUUAAUUGAGAAGCAAUUGGAACCCAUGGAGAAAUCGGUUAUGGACGCACGGGCGAGUGCGCAUCGGUGGACAGACACGUGGUUGUGGGGUGGGCUGGUGGUUAUGUCCACACAGUUUGGUAUUCUGGCCAGGAUGACCUGGUGGGAGUAUAGCUGGGAUGUAGUUGAGCCCAUCACAUACUUCGUGACAUUUGGCACAGUCAUCUCCACCUAUGCCAUGUACUGCAUAACACGUACCAGCACCGACUACUCCAAUCUCUCCGACCGCAAGUACCUACAAGUGCUCCAUCAGAACCAAAAAUCGGGAAAGACGAUACUGGCGGACGUUGGUUUACUAGCCGGGUGUUAUUCGUUGCCCACGAUGGGAUUGCAGUAUGAUACACCGUUCGAUAAGCGCGUGAGGAUUUCUCCGCACUUGGCGAAAGUGUAG